UAUCGGUGGUUUGUAAUGGAGUAAAGAAACGAUCUUUAAUCUCACACCUCUAGAAUUGGAAUUUGUUGUUUUAUGUGCUUGUUGAGUAAUGAUUUCUUCUGUCAGUCUUUGUAGGGUUAAGGUCCGCCUCAGACCCCACUCGUGGUUGUUGUUGUACUUUUAAUGUCCAAAAUUAGAGCUUUGGUGAGUGGUUGUGCUUGUUUUGUUUUGAGAUGAAUGAAUUUGUCCAUCAACUGAUGAUGGUCUAAAUUCUUCUGUCUCAUUGUUAAUUGCUCAACUUUUAUGCUCAGUUAGCUGGGAAGAUGUUUAGUACAGAUUGGGAAGAAUAGAUGUUUGCUGAGUAGCAUGAUCGGUAUCUUGGCCUCAUUUAGUUAUUACCAAGAUCUUCUGAAGAUGCCAAUUAUAAAUGUAUCUAAAGAAAAGGGAGGAACACCUUGGGAGAUUCGUCCAGGAUCUAAUUCCGUCCUUAUCACUAAUGACGCGUCUCUUUUCUCAAGCUCAGUGCCUGUUCUUCAACAUGAGAAGCUGAAAGUAAGUGACGGCGAUCAUGGUCAUCAAUCCGUUGAUGAUGCAUCACCAAGCUUGAAGAUAAUUCACCCGGAUGUAGAGGUUGAUGUGCUGCUGGAUGAUGGUGAAAAUCGUGCAAUUGGAAGCUUGCUUCCUGAUGACGAGGAUGAACUUUUAGCUGGGAUAAUGGAUGGGUUUGACCCUAGUCAGUUUCCCAAUCACACAGAUGACUUGGAAGAGUAUGAUCUUUUUGGAAGUGGAGGAGGCUUAGAGUUGGAGUUUGAUGGUCAGGAACACUUAAACCUGGGCAUAUCGAGAGUAAGUCUGGCUGAUCCAGAUAGCAAUGGAGCUGCUAUUUAUGGACUUUCAAAUGGUGGGGGUGCGGUUACCGGAGAACAUCCACUUGGAGAGCACCCUUCAAGAACAUUAUUUGUUCGCAACAUAAAUAGCAAUGUUGAGGAUUCUGAGCUAAGAACUCUCUUUGAGCAAUAUGGUGAUAUCCGAACUCUCUAUACUGCCUGUAAGCAUAGGGGCUUUGUCAUGAUAUCAUACUUCGAUAUUCGUGCUGCUCGAACUGCAAUGCGAGCAUUGCAAAAUAAGCCACUGCGAAGGAGAAAACUAGACAUACAUUUCUCAAUCCCUAAGGACAACCCCUCUGACAAAGAUGUAAAUCAAGGAACUCUUGUGGUUUUUAAUCUAGAUCCAUCUGUAUCAAAUGAUGACCUCCGCAAAGUAUUUGGGCCUUAUGGUGAGAUCAAAGAGAUAAGGGAAACACCACACAAGAGGCACCAUAAGUUUAUCGAAUAUUACGAUGUCAGAGCUGCAGAAGCUGCCCUUAGGUCCUUAAAUAAGAGUGCCAUAGCUGGUAAGCGGAUAAAGCUUGAACCAAGCCGCCCUGGAGGAGCUAGACGAAAUCUUGUAUUGCAAUCAUCUCAAGAACCUGAACAAGAUGAUUCUUGGACUUUUCAGCAUCCAUUGGGUUCCUCAAUUGGUAAUUCCUCUCCGGGUAAUUGGCCACAAUUUGGCAGCCCUAUAGAGCAUGGCUCCACGCAAAGUCCUGGCACUUCACCAGGCUUUAGAUCCCUGAGUCCCACCAUUGCCAAUAAUUUACAUGGGUUAGCUUCAAUUUUGCAUCCUCGUGCAUCAAAUACCUUGACGGUAGCACCUAUUGGUAAUGCUUGCGCAAUGAGCGGUCAUGCAGAUUUCCUUAUUGGUUCAAACCAUGGUGUUCCCUUCGCUCAGUCUAAUUCUUUCCCUGAGCCUAAAAUAAGCCAGUUUGGUGGAACAGUGUCCUCUUUUGGUGCUUCAAGUACAAAUGGUUCUGCUGUUGAAACACUAUCAGGACCACAGUUUCUCUGGGGCAGUCCAAAGUUGCAGUCUCAACAGAGUAAUUCUUCAGCCCGGAAAACUGAGUCUUUGGGGAAUGCUUUUUCAUUUGGUGGUCAGGGCGAUAGGUUUUCUUUGUCAAAUCAUCAAAAAUCUAUCCUCAAUUCAUCUCAGCACCAUCAUCACCACCUUCAUCAUGUUGGAUCUGCUCCAUCUGGUCUUCCCCUUGAUAGGCACUUAGGUUUUUACCCAGACUCAUCAAUCUUGAGCCCAGGUUUUAGGGGCAUGGGUAUAGGUCCUCGUGACGGAAGUUUGAUGGUUAACUAUGGUUUUCGUACUACUUUGAAUGCUGGUGUUGCUGUUCCAAGGAAUAUGUCAGACAAUGCUUCUCCUAGAUUUGGCAUGAUGUCUUCCCAAAAACAUAGUCCAUUGUUCCUAGGUAAUGGUCAUUUCCCAGGACAUGCAGCUACUAGCUUUGAGGGGCUGACUGAACGCAGUCGCACUCGACGUGUUGACAAUAAUAAUGGGAACCAGAUGGACAACAAGAAGCUGUUUCAACUUGAUUUGGAUAAGAUUAGAUGUGGUGAAGAUACUCGGACAACUUUGAUGAUUAAAAAUAUUCCUAACAAGUACACCUCCAAGAUGCUUUUAGCUGCUAUUGACGAACAACAUAAAGGCACUUUUGAUUUUCUGUAUCUCCCCAUCGAUUUCAAGAACAAAUGCAAUGUGGGAUAUGCCUUUAUCAACAUGUUGUCUCCAUCACUCAUUAUCCCAUUUUAUGAGGCAUUUAAUGGAAAGAAGUGGGAGAAAUUCAAUAGUGAGAAAGUUGCUGCUUUGGCUUAUGCUCGGAUUCAGGGAAAGACGGCCCUUGUUGCCCACUUCCAGAAUUCAAGUUUGAUGAAUGAAGAUAAGCGAUGUAGGCCAAUCCUUUUCCACUCAGAAAGUUCAGAAUUGGGGGAUCAGAUUGUUCAGGAACAUCUUUCAUCAGGCUGCUUACAUAUUCAAGUCUGCCAGUCAAAUGAGUCAGACAUCCUGGGGUCACAAGGCAGCCCACCUGAGGAUCCAGUUGACGAAUUGGAGAAUGAAUAGCUAGCAGUAGCAUUGGAAUUUUAUUUUUUUUGCUCGCGGCUUUAAGAGUGCAGCUGGCUAGUACAAGUGUGAGAUACAUGUGCAGAGUAGCAUGAUUUAAGGCACAGAAUAGAAGUAUGAAGAUCUUUGUAUUAUAAUGAGUAGGUGUUUUUGGUUAAAAAUCUCUUACGAGGAAGAGGGUUCUGUUAGACUUAAGUACAUCAAGCAUCUGUGUAGUUCAUGUUGUAAUCCUAUGGCAAGUUGAAAUGGCAAAUGCUAUCUCAACAUGGCAUGCAAGGUUAUAGUUUUGUAACAUUGUUUUGGUGGUUAGAGUGAAGAAGGGAUGCUUGAAAUUUGUAAAGUGGGAAGGAAAGCUGGCAGUUGUUUUGUAUCAAACAAGCAUUUUGGUAUUUAUAUAAAACUUGCUAGAAAAUUGCAUAACAAAA